AUGCAGAAUGCCGCAGCGUUAGAGGUUAUUCAGGAGUCCUUCGAGGAUGUCUCGCUCUCUGAGAUGAAGCCCAAGGAGAAACAUUCUCAAUUAGCUACGAAACCGGGAUAUUUGCAUAGACGGCCGCAAUCGGAAUCUGCGAUCUCGAUCCACCGGAAUAACUCGAUGUCGGCUUCGAUGGUGGGGAGACCAAGCUCGUUAUCGGAUUUGAAUCUCUCGCUACGGAGGUCCCCAAGCACACACCUUACACCCACACAGAAGUACCGACUUCAGAAGAAGAAACAACAAGAGCUGCAAACUAGCAUUCGCCAGAGCGAUGGCACUGGUAUAGAAGGAGUCGACUUUCUUUCUGACGACGAAAUACCCGCGGAUUUUGUGGUUUUCAACGUUCCAUUCUCCAGAGCACCCACGAUAUCGAAUUCGCUAAGGAGCCAGCAAAUGCACAAUUCAAAGAGGUCAAAGAGUCUGGAUAGUUUGUCGAAUCCGGAAUCGAAUCGAUCUUCACUUCUCAGCGUGGCGAGUAAUUUGACAUCGUGCUCGGAAUACUCGAAUCUGUCUCUGGAAACCCAGAAGCUGACACUGACUCUAGACUCGUCCUCUGAUUUGCAGGAGUCAGACAGACGCAAAGAGAGAAUGAUGUUCAUGAAACGUCUGUCUUUGCAGCGAUUUGAUAUCGAAAAUUUCGGCGACAAAAACGCGAGCUCAGAGAAGAACAGGUUCCUCAGUCUUUCGAGACCGUCCAACUUACCACCGAAAGAUCAGUACGAAUCUCUGAAACAUAACAUGGAUUUCGAGGUGGUGAUGCAAAAUGCCAUCGAGGUGGAAAGGCACGAGGAGGCAGAGCGCAGGGUCCGUUCCCUAAAGCUCCAAAACCAGAAACGGAGGGACCUAGUUGCUUGGAGAGAGGAAGUUUUACCCAAAUACCCUACCUCUCUAGAGCAAUCCACCACCAGAGAGCUUUGGUGGAGGGGAAUUCCUGAUAGCUUGAGAACAGAAAUUUGGGUGAGACAAUUGGGAUACAAGUAUGGUGUCACAGACGACGAAUUGGAGUCAUUGCUUAAGACAGCAAUUCAAGAGCAGGGCACCCAAAAACGGCCACAAGACGAGGUGUCUACCGUUAUAAUGGCAUACGAGAUAAAGACAGAUACAGUUGCAUCUAACGGCAUAAAGAGAUUGGCGGAAAUCGUGUAUUUAUCAACACUUUCGAAGAAGCAUGCACUGAAUAUUCUGAUUGGUUUGACCCAGGCAAAGGCCUUCAGGGUUCUACAAAACAGCAACGAGGACGAAUUCUUGGAAGCACAGUUCAAGACGUUUGGCAAGAUUUUAAAAGCGAGAAACGACUCGCUUUACUCUCAUCUCGAAGCAGCAGGUGCCACCAUCAGUGACCUGCUUUGCGUCUUGAGUGAAUCGCUUUUUGCCUCUUGCGUCGGAGAAGAGAUCGCUCCUCGGAUCCUUGACAUAUACAUCUUCGAGGGAGUUCCCUUCUUGCUCCGGGCCGCUUUGGCCUUGGUGCUGCGCAUUGGCCACAAACUUUACGGAAACCGGGAUGAGAUUCUAGAGGUCCUUGGCCAAACCAACGUUAGUGCCGAGCUCGCCGACCCGGAUUCGUUCAUCGAAAAUAUCAGAAACAUUUUCAAACAACAAAGUUAA